CUGCUUUCCGGAGGCGUGCCCGGCCCGCGUGUUUCCUCGUGCUGAUGUGUGCAGCCAUGUGCAGCGUGUUCCCUGCUUGCUCGGAUUGCGAGGCGCUUGCAUGAGCCUUGCGCGCCUGCAUGAGGUGUCUGAUUGUUUCAGCACCGCCAUGAAGAAAGACAUGUGAGAGGCGCAUCUUCUCUUAUACCUGCGGCAGGUGCAUGACUCCAUGAUGAUGCUGCAAUUGAAGGACGGAUUGUGAAGGAGGAGGUUGUUGCAGUCCUCCACCAAAUGAACAAGAAUUCUGCUUCCUGCUAUGUAUCUCCUGCUACUCCCUUUGUACAAAAUUCAGGAAUACAAGACAGUGGCUGAUUGCCCUCAGCUGACAAAACUCACAAUCAUCGAGACCCCUUCUUUCCAAGCGUCACGCUGUCAGCCAUUCCACAAGGCCCGAGUCCACAAUUCAAGAGCACUGAGGGAUCUGUGAGCUUGCAGCUCAGGUUGGGCGGAGGCAGGGAAGGUUUUUCUGCAUGGACCUGCAGACCAUGGCAGCUGCAGCAUGGCCAGCCCAGGCUGCGCCUUCUCUAGUUCCUUCAGCCAGGGAGAGCUUCUGCAGCAAAAGGAGAGCGUUCUUGUCAAACGGCCACUCUCUUCUUCUUACUCCCCAGCUCCCAGUGAAAUUCAAAAAAGUGCAAACACACAGCCUGGCUAUACGAGCCCUUCAAAGAGACCCGCGGACUGGCAGCUCAGGUCCUAGUCCCCUGAUCUGGCCGGAAACCUCAAUUGAAGACAGCUAUCUCAGACGGCUUCACAGGCGCACAGGAAAGGUGCGCACUGUUCCUGCUGCUGCGCAGUUGAGUGCUCCCCUAGACCCUGCAGCAGAAACGGGGGUUGAACUAGACAAGGAGGGGUUCUCGUGCGAGCAGUUCUGUGAGGAUGACUUUGACAUCCACCCGAGCGUCAGCAUCGGUCUGGGGGGGCGCAGCGAUGAGGCGCUGUUUGAGGCGACCGUACAGAAGGAGGGAAGCAGCUUGCGGGGACGGAGGGUGGUGUUGCGCCAAUUGAUAGGUAAGCGAGCAGAGCGGUGGGGUCGCAGAGCGCUGGAGGUCUGGCAGAGGGUGCGGGCGGGGCGGCAGCAUGGGCUGCAUCCCUACAUGGCUGCGGUGCACGGGUUCAUUCCAGCGGGGGGGAAAGAGAGGCCCCUAGUGUUGGUCCAUGCGUUCUACGGCAGCUACAGCCUACACCAGUGGCUGUUGUGCCCUGAUUGGCUGCAGCGCCUGGAGGCGCGUCUCAGUCUAGAUCCGGAGGAGGCCCGCCGGCGUCUGGGGGACGCUACCACUGGGGGGGCGCAGGUUUCGCGCCAACAGCGCGUGAUCAAAAUGUUGCUGAGGGAUGCGCUGAUUGGGGUCAACUACCUGCACCAGCGAGGUCUCGCCCACACCACUGUCACUCUACGGACGGUGUUCCUUUCAGCUGCAGACAAGCGCCUGAAGCUGUGCGUCCCUGGCAACGCGGUGGACUUGCCCCCACUGGCGACCGGGCAGCGCAAGCGCGGCGCGCAUCCUCGCACCAAGAUGAUGGCCUUUGACAUCAGGUGUAUUGGCAUUUUGAUGGCGCGCCUCGUAUUGCGUGAGCUCAUGCGGCCCGAGGCGGACGCCCACUUCCGCGCCUUCCUCGUCAAGGGCCACGACCCCGCCAGCCUUCGCGAGUCGCUCCUCCCUUUCCUCUCCACCCCGGACGGCCCCUACUCCAGCCCCGGCCUCCAGCUUCUCGACCGCGACGGGGGGGUCGGCUGGCACCUGCUCGCCCGCCUUUUGGCCCCCCCUGCCGCGGACCGAAUCUCCGCCGCCGACGCCUUACGUCACCCGUUUCUGUGCGCGCGUCGGUGGCGGCCGGAAGCGAGCGUUGCGAUGGCGGCCUGGAUGCUGGGAUCGACGGCCGUGAGGAUCACGGAGGAGUACGUGUACAACGCGAGUCAGAGGAGCAAGAUGGCGACGCUGAUCGCGGCGCUGGAGCGCUUGCAGCAGCCCGAUCGAGCUCAGGCUUGGUCCCGCUACGCCCGCGGCGAAUGGCGCCUGCUGUACCACACGGGCCGCCAGGUCGGCAUGACGCUGCGCCAAAGCGCCGCCCCCGUGCGCAUCGACCACGCGCUCCUCUCCAUCUCCCUUGAAACCCCCCCCCCGGCCACCCCCGUUCCGGCGGAUUCCGCUUCCGGCAUUCAGUCGACCCGAACUAAAAGCAUGGACACCUCUCCCAAGGUUCCGGCAGCCAGCUCUCAAGGGUCCCAGGUUGCGCCGAUUCACACCACGUCCGAGUCUCAGUCCGUUCCGACCGAAACUGCCCACGAAACUCAUGCUUCCCCUUCCGACGGCGAACAUAGUGACUCGGCCCAAGCUGCGCCGUGGUUCGCUCGCGCGGCCUUCCAAGCGUCCGUCGAUUUCGUGGCCGUCGAUGCAUUGUGGCCUGCGGACAAGUCCGGCGUCGCGGGCCGGCUGCUCCCGUCCAGCAGUGACGUCAUUUGUGACGAGGGGCUCGAGGGGGGGCAGCAGAGCAGUGGGCACGUGCCGGGGUUGCAGCUGCGGGUUGGGGGUGUCGAGAUGGAAAUGGAGCUGGAUUACACGGGAAGGGACUCCAAGUAUCCGCAACAGGUUCUGGGCGAGGUCCGGCGCCAGAUUCCGCCAGAACUAUUCGACCUGGCCCUGCUUCACCGAGUGACGUAUAUUGACGGGCGGCUGCUCGUACUGCGAGGCGCGCACGGGACGGCGCUGCUCUUCACGCGAACCGCGCGGGCCAGCAUGCCGGCGUUCCAAGCGGAAGGGACGCAGUGAUCGGGCAGAAACCUUGAAAGCGUACAGCAAUGUGGAAAAUUGGUUCGUGAAAACUGGUACUCGUUGAUUUGGUGUUUGGAUAAGCUUGAGCGAAAGCAAUGACAGGGCCUACUUUUAGCAAAGAAAAGUCUCUAGAGUUUGUCCACAUAGAGCUGUACAGAUGAUUCUAGGACUCAAGACGGAAAAGCAGAUUGAAAGCGAUGUGAAGAUUUCGUGACUUUUUGUCAUCAAAGCUAUUGUGCUCUCGAUCAUCAUAUCAGGACAUAUGAGGUAGGACGACACUCCUUCCUCAAAAAGCUAAUGAACAAAAACAAAAUUUGAACAAAGC